AUGAUCCUCCUCCCUAUCCCCAAGGGCACGGAUCGCGGGCAAUCAAUGCAUGUCCUAGUGUACACUUCUAAUUUGAUCUACUCUGUAUGGAAUGGAAGGUCAUAUCAGCUUGGAUUUUUUCCUGUCCAUACAAAUUUUACAUCUCUUCCAUUUUGGUGCAAUAAAACUUUUGCAACAAUUCCUCCACUUCAAGAAGAUGAUGAAGCACCACUUCUCUAUUCUGAGCCUGUAAUUCCAAAGCAAAAAGAAGAAUUCACAUCUAGCUUUGCAGGAUCCCCUAUUUUCUCUUUGCAGAAAUCUUCUGCAAAUUACUGGAUCAACGAUUGCAUGAACAUGAAGAGAAACAUAGUUAAUGAAAAUCUUGGAGUUUUGCCAAUAAACAUGAAGAAGAUUAAGUCAAGGAAAAAAGUGAGAGAGCCCAGGUUUUGUUUCAAAACUAUGAGCGAUGUGGAUGUUUUGGACGAUGGUUACAAAUGGAGAAAGUAUGGCCAGAAAGUCGUGAAAAACACCCAACAUCCUAGGAGUUAUUAUCGUUGUACGCAGGAUAAUUGUCGCGUGAAGAAACGCGUAGAACGAUUAGCAGAAGAUUCAAGAAUGGUGAUUACUACAUAUGAAGGAAGGCACAUACACUCUCCAUCACAUGAUGAAGAGGAUUCUCAAGCUUCAUCUCAAUUCAAAAAUUUCUUUUGGUAG